CGUCACAAUCAUGCUUAGCCCAAAUUCCAAAGUUGCCUACCUGCCUCGAUCGCCCACGUUGGCACAUACACACGCAGUGUUCCCGGGGUUUAGGUUACACACCAUGUCCACGCCUCACGCCAGCGUUUCGGUGGAAGGCAUAGGGCUGCUUGAGAAAGACGCGAUUGUUUUGGAGCUGAAGCAGGCCAAUGCGGAUGUGCUUGCCGAGCUGAAGAAAGCCAACGAGGAGCUGAAGAAAGCAAACAAGAAGGAACCCAAGCCCGUGCCGACCGGGAUCAAACCACGAGGCCUGCUCAUGGUGGUGCUGAUUGGCUUGGUCAUGACUCCCAUCUUGAUUGGCAUCGCACUGCCGGUGUUCUACACCGCAAAAACUGCGCGCGCCAAGGAGACCUCCGCCAAUGUGUUCAUGUGUAGCCUGUACGCCGACGAUAGGCAGGCCGAGCUGGUUGCAAAGUACAACACGUUCGCUCGCCUCGACGACGCCGUCUACAGCCAGUCGGCCCUGUUGACGCCGCCGCCGCCGCCCCAGCCCAGUCCCCCGCCGCCCCCGUCCCCGCGGCCGCCGCCCCAGCCCCAGACCCGGCGGCCGCCGAUGCCGCCGCGGCCCCCGGGCGACCCGCCCUCGCCCCCCUCCCCGCCCCCGCCGGUGCCCUUCGCAAUCCAGUACCUUGACGCCUACAACUCCCUGACUCAGGCCGAGGCUCGAUUCUACUCCGACCUGGAGAAGUCCUGCUCAAUCGUUGGCCAGAGCCUGUGGGGCCAGAUGGACGACGACACGUUCUCACAGACUCCCGCCGGCAACACGUGGCUACAGGCUGUGGUGAACAUUGCGCCCGUGUUCACGGCCGCACGCCCGCCGCCACCCCCCUCCCCCGCCUCCGCCUCCAACGCCUCCUCGCCGCAGGCAGCGGGCAGCGACGCACCGCCUGACUACGGGUCUGAGUACGAGGGCACUUUCAACGGAACUGGAUUCGACUACCCACCUGAGGCGCCCACUGAGCCGCCCCAGGCACCGCAAGCCCCAGCCCCGCCCCGACCCCGGCGGCCAGCCGCAACUCCCACUGGUUCCCCAUCAUCCACGUCCUCUACAGGCAACCUUACCAUGUUCGAAAAGCGCGUGGCGCAAUUUCCACAGGCCGUGGCCGCGUGGUCCACAAUCAACGCCACCAUCACUUCUGUGGAUGUGGCUACCAACGCAAUGACCAUCAGUUUUGAGAUGCAUCUGGAUAGCUUGGUCCUGCAGACCGCAAAGAACACCCGCAUCGCCAAGCGUAGCGCCAAGUCCGUGGCAAACGUCAAGUUCCCAGCCCUGCUGGACCGCACCGGCCGCAUUAAGGGCAAGGACACCCUCGCACAGACCGAUGUUGUGAGCGCUGCUGGAGCCGAUGGCACUCUGUCGCUGAAGACGGGGGAUCGAGUGACCUCCAAGAAAAUGGAGCUGCCCCUCGUCCCCACCACCAGCCUCUACCUGUACCCAUUCGAUGAGUACACAGCCACUGUCACGCUGGUUUCGAGCAUGACCGUGUCCAAUGUAAACUGCCCGACUGCACUGUUCGUGAAGCAGAAGAACGCCGUCGUGGGCUGGGUAUUCACUGCCAAGCUGGUCCCCAGUGUCACGGACAACCGAAACGUCCUCAACUUCCAGAAUCCGACGGACCCGGACAGCGCCAUCACCCUGACCUACGAGAUCUACCUCAAGCGCACCACGUUUGUGCAGUUCUUCGCGGUGUUCGUGCUGAUGGGACUGUGGCUCGUGUCCGCCUGCUCCUUUUGCUACGCCAUGGAUCUGCUCUACAUCCGCCCGCGUAACGUGACCAACGGUGACGCCACGCUCUUCACCGCCCAACUGUUCGCUGUGGUGGGCACGCGCAACAUUAUGCCUGGUGUGCCGGCCGUGGGCGUGGGAGUGGACUUCUUUGGAAUCAUCUGGAUCAUGAUCAUCUGCCUUCUCACAGGUGGACUGGUGUACGCACGCAUCGUGUCCCAGUACGUGCACAAGGAGCCCACCCUGUAUGACCGACUGGCCAAGAACGAUGUGUGGCUGGAUGACUGGCUCAAGCAGCAGGAGGAUGCCGAGAAGAUGGCCAAGGAAAAGAAGGAGAAGGAGGAGGAGCGAAAGAAGAAGAUUGAAAAGUACGGAGAGCCUGGGAAGGCGAAGAUCGCCCCUGCCACAGCGGCUGCAGCUGAGGGCAAGGCGACUGUGUAGGCAAUUGAAGCUAACAGCGUCGUGCGUGUCCGUUCAUGUAGAUAGGCUUACCAGCUUGCACCCUUGCAAACAUUACUUGAGAGCAAUGCGAAGAGGCAGCAUUAAGGUGGGUCUUGGUUGGUACACUCCUGCGUACGUGCAUUGCAUUGUGUUGGGCAUUGGUCGCUACUGCCCAUACAUGCAUGUGGGUCAGCGCCUACCCGUCGGCUCCUAGUGGUUGGCAUGAUGACGGGUGCGUGGAGCCAGCCAUGAAUAAGAAUACCGUACAUCAUGCAUGCAUGCAUGUGCUUGGACACACGGACAAACGCUGAUAGGGGUGUACAAUAUGUACUGUCGGCUCGUACAGAGUGGCUUGCGUGUAGGUGGCUUGAGUGUAGUCAGGUGCAGUGUGCGUGGCCGAGUGUAGUCAGGUGUAGUGUAGUUGGCCGAACUACAUCUGCGUGCAUUCUCGGCAGUGAAUUUCGCCAAUGCGAAUACCCGCAAAGACUGACUAUGUGUAACGCUGCGUUUGC